CUCAACUUAAACACUAAUAUGAGCACGUGAUAUUUUUUCUUAUUUAAAAAAAAAAAAGAAGAAGGGAGAAAUGAAAAGAAAAUAACAAAUUCAGGUACAAAAAUAUCUACUCAAAUUACGUUCCAUUCAAACACCAAAAAAACACACACACACACACACAAAUAAACUCAUACACAUUUGGAAGGAAUCAAAAAGCCAUUUUUAGGAACUAACAUUAUGGCUGCCCUGAUGGCAAGAAUGACCGGACCCUCACCGCCGGGAAUAUCAUCAUCACCACCGUCCACAUCACCGCCUGCAGCAUCACAACCACCCAACUCUCUCCCCGUCCGGACAAUCCCCGGCAGCUACGGGUGGCCGUUGCUGGGCCCGAUUUCCGACAGGCUAGACUACUUCUGGUUCCAAGGCCCGGAGACAUUCUUCAGGAAAAGGAUCGAAAAGCACAAGAGCACGGUUUUCCGGACCAACGUGCCGCCGACAUUCCCCUGGUUUGUGGGUGUGAACCCGAAUGUGGUUGCGGUUCUUGACGUCAAAUCUUUCUCUCAUUUGUUUGAUAUGGAGAUUGUGGAGAAAACCGAUGUUCUUGUCGGGGAUUUCAUGCCCAGUACUAAGUUCACCGGUGAUUUGAGAGUUUGUGCUUAUCUUGAUACUUCUGAAACUAAGCAUACUCAGCUCAAGAAGUUUGCAAUGGACAUACUAAAAAGAAGCUCAUCUAAAUGGGUGCAAACAAUGGUGAGCAAGCUGGAUAUCAUGUGGGCAAAAAUAGAAUCAGAGCUCUCCAAACCUAACCCCGGAACAUAUAUCCCUACCCUCCAACAAUUCCUCUUUGAAUUCCUCAGCAUUUGCAUUGUUGGAGCUGACCCUUCCACCUCGCCGGAGCUCUCGAAAAACGGCUUCUUCUACCUCGAUACAUGGCUCGCUCUUCAGCUUCUUCCCAUCACAUACACUGGCAGUUUCGGACAACCCCUCGCAGAACUCACUGUUCACUCUUUCCCAUUGCCUUUCUGGCUUGCUCAAGGUGGCUACAACAAGCUGGUGGAAUUCGUCGAAAAGGAAGGGAAAGAAGCCAUUCAAAUAGGUCAAAAUGAGUUUGGUCUCACCCCAAAUGAAGCUGUUCAUAACCUUCUAUUCAUUCUAGGGUUCAAUGCAUAUGGUGGUUUCUCUGUAUUCUUCCUUAGCCUUUUCAAUGCACUCGGGGAUGAGAAAAACAAAGGGGUUCUAGAAAAGAUCAAGAAUGAAGUCAGAGAAAAAGUUGGGACUGAUUCAUCAAAGCUAAGCUUUGAGAGCAUCAAGGAAAUGGAGCUGGUACAAUCCUUUGUGUAUGAAACUCUGAGAUUGAACCCUCCUGUUCCUCUGCAAUAUGCUAGGGCUAGGAAAGAUUUCAAGCUCGCUUCACACGACUCCGUCUUUGAGAUCAAGAAAGGUGAGCUUCUGUGUGGAUAUCAAGCAUUGGUAAUGAGGGAUUCCGAGGUGUUUGAUGAUCCUGAAAGCUUUGAAGCGGAGAGAUUUACCAAAGAAAAGGGUAAGGAGUUAUUGAACUAUCUGUUUUGGUCAAAUGGACCUCAGACUGGGACACCAAGUCAUUCUAAUAAGCAAUGUGCUGCUAAAGAUGUUGUCACUCUUACUGCAAGUUUGUUUUUGGCUAACCUCUUUCAGAGGUAUGAUUCAAUCACCAUUUCUUCCGGGUCGAUCACCGCUGUAGAAAGGGUAGCUAAGUAGAGUGAGUGUAAGAGGAUCUAUGGAGAUUUUUCUUUUUUUCUUUUUUUUUUUACAACCUUAUACAAUAAUCAUCAUCAUUUAUAUGUAUAUGUAUAUAAAGUGAUGGAUUCUGAGACCGACAUUUUUCAGUGGAAUCGAAUAAAUGAAAAAUGAUACGAUGAACAUUGCAGAAG